CAGGGUUUUAUGGGGUGCUGGGGUCAGCCUGGAUGACGGCAGGUGGUGAGGCUUCCUGGGCUCAGCUUCCUGCUCCCUGUGUGGUUGUGGGGGAGGGUUCCCUGGUCAGCUUUUGGCCCCUUUGAUCCCUCCCACCUUGGGCUUAGGGCUUCAGGCCGCCUCCAGGGCCUAGCGGAAGGCCUCCAAGUCGUGGAGGUGGUGGUGGUAGUGGGUGGCAGGGCUCAGCGGGGCCACCUGUUGGGAUUCUGUGGGUCAAGCUUAUCCACAUGGAACUUGGCCCUAGGGAAGUACCAACCUGUCAGACCAGUAGGAAAGAGUUGGGUUAAAGAAGGCAGGUGAAGGAAGAGGGCACAGAGCUGAGUUCCGGGCCCCAGUUUUUUUCUUUUCUUUCUUGAAAAGGCCCUUAUUACGCUUUUUGCCUUUAAGUUGGUUGGAGAGAGGAUGCAUCUGCCCGUAGUGGAGAUUAUUAAAGUCCAUGGUUUGCGGUAGUCUUUUUAGCCUGAGACUUCCUUCCUGUUUUAUCAAUGCAAAUACAAGGGCUCCUCCUCCACGAACCUUUAGAGAUAUCUGUGGCUGGGCUCUCCUGGCCCCUGCUCUCCCAGGGAGCCAGCCAGGCGUCUUUAGUUGGCACCGACCCGCCCAUUUCCACGGGCCUGGGAUAGCUCCUGGUGCUGGGUGUGGGGCUGUGGUGAAGGGGCUUUGGACUCUAACGUGUUCUUAAGAGCUUUUUAUCAACCCGAUUUUUUUUCCCUUUAGUGCAGUCCUAUUAUUAUUUUAAAUCCAGUUGAGAUGGCUUUUAACGAGGCAGGCCAGUUCCUCUGACUGCACGCAGUGACAUUUGUGGUGCUUCGUGCCUGGGCCUCUCCCCGACCGUGUGUGUCCUGUGUUUCAGGCCCAAGGUCCCGGCUAUGGCAGCGGCUACCAUCGUGCACGACACGUCUGAGGCCGUGGAGCUCUGCCCCGCGUACGGCUUGUACCUCAAGCCCAUCACCAAGAUGACCAUCAGCGUGGCCCUGCCGCAGCUGAAGCAGCCGGGCAAGUCCAUCUCCAACUGGGAGGUGAUGGAGCGGCUGAAGGGCAUGGUGCACAACCACCAGUUCUCCACGCUGCGCAUCUCCAAGAGCACCAUGGACUUCAUCCGCUUCGAGGGCGAGGUGGAGAACAAGAGCCUGGUGAAGUCGUUCCUGGCCUGCCUGGACGGCAAGACCAUCAAGCUCAGCGGCUUCUCCGACAUCCUCAAGGUGCGGGCCGCCGAGUUCAAGAUAGACUUCCCCACGCGCCACGACUGGGACUCCUUCUUCCGCGACGCGAAGGACAUGAACGAGACGCUCCCGGGGGAGAGGCCGGACACCAUCCACCUGGAGGGGCUGCCCUGCAAGUGGUUCGCCCUGAAGGAGUCGGGCUCCGAGAAGCCCAGCGAGGAGGUCCUGGUGAAGGUGUUCGAGAAGUUCGGGGAGAUCCGCAACGUGGACAUCCCCAUGCUGGACCCCUACCGGGAGGAGAUGACCGGCCGCAACUUCCACACCUUCAGCUUCGGCGGGCACCUGAACUUCGAGGCCUAUGUCCAGUACCGAGAGUACGUGGGCUUCAUCCAGGCCAUGAGCGCCCUGCGGGGCAUGAAGCUCAUGUACAAGGGCGAGGACGGCAAGGCCGUGGCCUGCAACAUCAAGGUCUCUUUUGAUUCGACCAAACACCUGAGUGAUGCCUCCAUUAAAAAACGGCAGCUGGAGAGGCAGAAGCUGCAGGAACUGGAGCAGCAGCGAGAGGAACAAAAGCGCAGAGAGAAGGAGGCGGAGGAGAGGCAGCGGGCAGAGGAAAGGAAACAGAAGGAGCUGGAGGAGCUGGAGCGCGAGCGCAAGCGCGAGGAGAAGCUGCGCAGGCGCGAGCAGAAGCAGCGUGCCCGCGAGCUGCGCCGCAGCCAGAAGCGGCAGGAGAAGCUGCAGGCGGAGGAGCAGCGGCAGCUGCAGGAGAAGAUUCGGCUGGAGGAGCGCAAGCUGCUGCUGGCGCAGCGGAACCUGCAGUCCAUCCGCCUCGUCGCCGAGCUGCUCGCCAGGGCCAAGGCGGUGAAGCUGCGCGAGCAGGAGCGGAAGGAGGAGCGGAGGCGGCUGCAGGAGGCGGAGCUGCGGCGCGUGGAGGAGGAGAAGGAGCGCGCGCUCGGCCUGCAGCGCAAGGAGCAGGAGCUGCGCGAGCGCCUGCUGAGCCUGCUGCUGAGCAAGCGGCCGGACGGCGGCGCCGCGCACGGCGAGCUGGGCGCUGCGCACGCACACCUGCUGCAGCCCGUGCUGGACAUCCUGCAGACCGUGUCCUCGGGCUGCGCCGGCGCCGCCGCGCUGCACCCCCUCGUAGGCCAGCCCCCCGCGGGCAACCCCAAGGAGACCCCGGCCCGCCCUGAGGCUGACUGCCCGCCCCAGAGCGUGAACGGGGGCGUGGCCAAGGACGUCCAGGGCAAGGAGGGUCCGGGCAUGCGCUGCGGCGCCCCGGGGGAUGGCUCUCCCGAGAAGAGGUGUCCUGGCGUCCUCGCCUGCAUCCCGGACAACAACCAGCAGCCCAAGGGCGUCCCCGCCUGCGACCAGGGCCCGCCCAAGAAGGACGCGCGGUCGGAACAGGACAAGUGCAACCGCGAGCCCAGCGCCGGUCGGGACCGGGCAGGCGGAGACGGGGACGAGCCGCAGCUGGAGCGCAGCAGGGCCCGGCGGGCGGGCAGCAGGGACGACGCGCGCCCCCGAAAGGAACGGCGGCCCCACAAGAAGCACGACAGGGACGACAGCCCGCACCGGCGCAGCGCCAGCCCGGACCACGCGCGCUCCCGCAGGUCACACAGCAAGGACAGGCGGCACCGCAGCCGCGGCCGCAGGGGCAGCGCGGGCAGGAAGCACAGCCGCCACCGCCGCAGGGCCGAGCGCUCCCGCUCCCGGUCCCCGAGCAGGCACCGCAGCACCUGGAACAGGUAAUGAAGGGCUGGCCCCCACGGCCCGCCCCGGAAGGCCCGGUCGGCGCCAGCGUCCUGGCCUCCGCACCCCUCCGUCCGCCCGCAAGGCCGCGUCUCUGCCGCAGCUGCGAAGGUCGCAGAAGCCCGCCCGCCCGCCCGGGGAAGGCGCCGCACGCCCAGGCCCGCCUGCCUCGGUUCCCGACCGCCAACCUGGCGCUGCAGUUCCGGCGUGUAGUCGUCGGCCCAGCUUUCGUGUCCCUUCCAGACUGUGAUCCGAUAGCUUUAACACGGCGAGCUCCUCGCCAGCCGGAAACUCGCUCAGACCCCGGGCGGUGAGGACGGCGGCGCACCGCCUCCGUAGCCUUCUGCGCAUGCCGAGGGCGGUUCCGCCGGCGCCCGCACGGCCAGGGGCGCAUUGUCCAAAGCCUGGCCCGCGACAGUCACGCAGGGCGCUGGAAAGAAAAACACCUUCCUGUCCUUGUAAUCUCAACCAGUGGGGACAUGGCCUGAGUGGGUUUCCAAAAAGGAAGGUGCGGUGGUACAUCGGGUCAGGCGAGGACGGUACGAGUCCUCAGAGACGGAAAGGAAAACUCAGGCAUGCCGUUCUUGGUGAGAUGUCGGUGUGUGGGCAAGCGCUUGGGAGAGGUCUGAUGCUCUUUCAGAAACAUUCACUUUUUACGACUCCAAGUAAUUAAGCAUAAACAAGGUUGGUUUAAAGCUUUGGUUUCUAGUAAAGGUUUAGCGUGUGUGGUUUUUGUAAGAAGCCGUUUUUGCUAAAUUAUUUUUACUUGGAAUGUUUCAAACAGAUUUAAGGCUGCAAAACUUGUUAAAAUUUUAUAAUCAUUUGCUUCUCCAAGUGAAGCUCAGAAAUACUCAAACAUAGCUGUAACGUUCGCGUUAGGAGAGAUGGUGUUUAUUCCAGUUUGCAUUUUUAUGGCGAAAUAAAAUCCUUUUCCAAUGAACUGCA